CCCCAGCACUAACAGCCAGACAACUAGCUUUUCUCGCUUGCUUCUAGUAAAUUCCCAGAGGAGGAGAAAAUGAAAGGAAACUGAUUUUCCUGGUAGGGAAAAUUAGGUCUAAUUAGCCACCCUCCUUUUUUUAAAUCAGUGUAUUGAGAUCUUGUUGAUUUGCAGGGUUGUCACUCAUGCCUUCCACCUCUAAUUGGACUUUAGAUAACUCGUUAUUAAGAAAUCAAUGGGGGGGGGGUCAGGCGACAGUGCAGCAGGUUAAGCGCACAUGGUGCAAAGCGCAAGGACCUGAGUAAAGAUCCCAGUUCAAGCCCCCGACUUCCCACCUGCAGGGGAGUCACUUCACAGGCGGUGAAGCAGGUCUGCAGGUGUCUUUCCCCCUGUCUUCCCUUCCUCUCUCGAUUUCUCUCUGUCCUAUCCAACAACAAUGACAGCAAUAAACAAUAACAACAACGAUAAACAACAAGGGCAACAAAAGGGAAAAAUAGCAUCCAGGAGCAGUGGAUUCAUAGUAAUAAGCCUGGAGGCACAAAAACAAACAAAAAAAGAAAUCAAUCGGGUUCUUGCAGGGGGAAGGCUGAGGACGGAAAGAAGCCACUGAAGGUUUGGGGCAGACAGGAUUCAGGGAGAACAUUGGGUGGGUGGGGCUGCACCUUCUUUGAAGGUUCCCUCUGCAUCAAAUCUGGCUGCUUCUCACACAUCAACAUGGAGGUUGGGGGUCUAACAGCUGGCUCAGCCCCUUGUCACAGGGAUUCAGACAGUGCCUUUCUGGCUGCCUGGGGGGUGAGGGCGGCAUCCCCAGAAGCAGAGAAGCCCCAGCCUGACUGCCUUUCCCUCACCUAUCCCCCUCCCCCUAGGCAUGCCCUCUCCUGUGAAAGCACUGGGGCAGCCCAGGCCCUCCAGCCCCACCAUGGACCUGCAGGGUGGCUGCUGCUGCUCCCCUGCAGCCUUGCAGAAGGGGCUGCCCAUUCUGGGCUGGCUGCCUGACUACUCCUUGCAGUGGCUGAAGAUGGACUUCAUUGCUGGGCUGUCUGUGGGACUCACAGUCAUCCCCCAGGCACUGGCCUAUGCAGAGGUGGCCGGCCUCCCACCCCAGUACGGCCUCUACUCUGCCUUCAUGGGCUGUUUCGUGUACUUCUUCCUGGGUACCUCCCGGGAUGUGACUCUGGGCCCCACAGCCAUCAUGUCCCUCCUGGUCUCCUUCUACACUGCGCAUGAGCCUGCCUAUGCCGUGCUGCUGGCCUUCCUAUCUGGCUGCAUCCAGUUGGUCAUGGGGUGCCUACGUUUGGGUUUCCUGCUGGAUUUCAUCUCCUGCCCUGUCAUUAAAGGCUUCACCUCUGCAGCCACCAUCACCAUUGGUUUUGGGCAGAUCAAGAACCUCCUGGGCCUGCAAGACAUCCCAAGGCAGUUUUUCCUUCAAGUGUUUUACACUUUCCGCAACAUUGGAGAGACCAGGGUGGGGGAUGUUGUGCUGGGACUGAUCUGCGUGGUGCUACUGCUGGUGCUGAAGCUGAUGCGAGACCACGUGCCCCCUGUGCAUCCUGAGAUGCCCCCUGGUGUACAGUUCAGCCAUGGGCUGGUCUGGACUGCAACCACAGCUCGCAAUGCCCUCGUGGUCUCCUUUGCUGCCCUGAUCGCCUACUCCUUCGAGGUGACGGGAUACCAGCCUUUCGUCCUGACUGGGGAGACGGCCAAGGGGCUCCCUCCCAUGCGAGUCCCUCCUUUCUCAGUGCCCACUGCCAACGGGACCAUUUCAUUCUCCGAGAUGGUGCAGGGCAUGGGGACUGGACUGGCUGUGGUGCCCCUGAUGGGCCUCCUAGAAAGCAUUGCAGUGGCCAAAUCCUUUGCUUCUCAGAAUAAUUACCGCGUUGAUGCCAACCAGGAGCUGCUGGCCAUUGGCCUCACCAAUAUGCUGGGCUCCCUUGUGUCUGCCUACCCCGUCACAGGCAGCUUUGGACGGACAGCUGUGAAUGCCCAGUCGGGGGUGUGCACCCCGGCAGGAGGCCUGGUGACGGGUGUGCUGGUGCUGCUGUCACUGGGCUACCUAACCUCGCUCUUCUACUUUAUCCCCAAGUCUGCGCUAGCUGCUGUCAUCAUCAUGGCUGUGGUGCCCCUGUUCGACACCAAGAUCUUUGGGACCCUGUGGCACGUGAAGAGGCUGGACCUGCUCCCCUUCUGCACCACAUUCCUGCUGUGCUUCUGGGAGGUGCAGUAUGGCAUCCUAGCCGGGGCCCUGGUGUCCCUACUCCUCCUGCUGCAUGCGGUGGCCCGGCCCAAGAUGCAGGUAUCUGAGGGCCCUGUGUUGCUGGUCCUGCAGCCUGACAGUGGCCUGCACUUCCCUGCUGUGGAGGCCCUCCGGGAGGUGCUCAUGAGCCGCGCUCUGGAAGUGUCACCCCCGCGCUGCGCGAUCCUGGACUGCAGCCACAUCUGUAGCCUUGACUACACAGUGGUGCUGGGGCUCGGGGAGCUACUGGAGGACUUCCACAGACAGGGCGUCACCCUAGCCCUCACCAACCUGCAGGUGCCUGUCCUCCGUGUCCUGCUGUCUGCUAACCUGAAGGGUGUCCAGUAUUUCUCCACCCUGGAGGAAGCAGAGAAGUACUUGAAGCAAGAGCCAGGGGCCCAGCCCUAUAACAUCAGUGAGGAGUCUGUCCCGGAACAAAAGGUAACCCUGCUCAAGGUUUAGCAGGGUCACCUGUGAUGGCCCACUGUCUGGAGAGUUUGGCAGAAGGUCCCCAUCCCUGCCAUGCCAAGUGCCACUUGAUUGUUGCCUGAGCUGGUGAUGCAAGCAAGGAAGGGAGGUGACAGUGAGGUCCCCUGUGGGGCUCAGUGACUACAUUCAGGAUGACUGAUAGACAACCUUCCUGCUGCUCCACUAUCCUGAACCCCCCUUGUGAAGAGUAGUUGGGAGAGAACCUUCUAGAAGGAUGGAGCUCGUGAGAAGCAGAAGAAGCAAGGAUGCCCAACCUAUAGCACUAUCCUCUUGUACCCUGUCUUUUGGAGAGGGGGGACUCUUGGACAGGGGUUCAGAUCUUGAUGGUAUUGUCUGUGGAAGAAAGCUGAGUUGUACCAAAUGACUAUCAUGUCUGCUGACCAAAAGCUUGGUUGGUGUGUAUGUGUGUGUGUUUGGCUCCAGGGUUAUUGUUGGGGUUCGGUGCCUGCACCACAAAUCCACUGCUCCUGGAGACCAUUUUUACCCCUUUUGUUGCCCUUGUUUUAUCAUUGUUGUGGUUACUAUUAUUGUUGUUGCUGUCGUUGGAUAGGACAGAGAGAAAUGGAGAGAGGAGAGAAAGACAGAGGGGGGAGAGAAAAAUAGAGGGGGGAGAGAAAGAUAGACACCUGCAGAUCUGCUUCACCACCUGUGAAGUGACUCCCCUGCAGGUGGGGAACCGGGGGCUCGAACCGGGAUCCUUAUGCCAGUCCUUGGUGCUUGGUGCCACGUGCACUUAACCCUCUGUGCUACCGCCCAACUCCCGUGUGCGUGUGUUUUACAUUAAGGCGAUCUUGUCAUCGCUUUGAUGUUUUUGUGAGCUUACUGUAAGCUUACCAGAAAGCCACAACCCCUGUGUCAGUCCGUUUCUCCCAAUCUGUGCAGCACCAUGUGGGUGGGUGUCCCCAUCAGCUGUCAGUGUGGUUCCCUCAUAAUUGGUGCUCUGUGGCCCACUCUCCACACCUUAGUGCUAUGAAUUCUUUACUGUGAUAAUAAAUGGGUUGUAUGUGGUUC